AUGUAUUCUCUUCACCCUUUACUUGCCCCAUUGGCGGGCCUUUUUGUAUUCCUUGCAUGGAAGCUUGCCCGGAAUGGCUCUCGUCACCUUUCCGACUGUCCUACCCAACUCACUAGUCCUGAUAUCUCGCCCGUGCUCCCCGACGCACCACGCACCAGCCACAACUUGCUUCCAGCUCUAAGUACGACAUUUGAUCGGAUUCGGGAAUGCUUGGGUCUCUCUCCAAUCAAUCAUACAUUCAUUCCCCGGGGUACUAUCGACGCCGAGAUCAACGAGAAAGCGGUACGAGAUAUCUUAGUAGAGAAAGGUAUCGUCGAUAGAACUCGGGCAGCCGAAGUAGCAAAAAAGACCGUUCAAACCGCUCGAAAGCUAUUCACAAUCCUUGUCAUUCUAAAAAAGGUGGAACAUAUCUGCGACCUGCUAAGCCAAGGUGUAGAAGACGAUGAUCUUCCAUUCUUAUUGCAGGCCGAGAAUGUCUUGCGGACCAACCGAGGCCAAGAAAUCCUGGUGCCAGAGGAUUGGGAUGAUGAAACUCUGGAAGCCUUGGAACAAAAACAGUGGCGUGUUCUGGCGCCGGUCUUUCGCCCUCAUGCUCAUUACGAAUUCCCGGAGAAGCAAAUCCUUCCUUUCGUUAGGGGGGAGUCUGAAAUUCCGGUUGAAGGUGGAUAUGGGGAAGUGUUCCGUGAACGCAUCCAUGCUAAUCACCACGACUUCUGGGAACCUCCUGAUAAUAAGGUUUGUGAGGUCGCGAUUAAGAAGCUCUACUCGAGCCAACCUCAUUUGUUUGAGAAGGAAAGAAGAUUCCUAGAAACCCUGGGCUCGGCUGGUCCCCAUCCACAUCUUAUCAAUCUUUUGUGUACGUAUAGUCAUAAGGGAAAGUACCACCUGAUGUUCCCUUGCGCGGAAGAAAAUCUUCGAGAAUACUGGAAUCGGGUCCCUCUGCCUGAGUUCAAUUGCCGGACCCUCUUGUGGUGUCUUAAACAGAUGACUGGAAUCGCGGAUGGGUUAUUCAUGAUACAUGAGCUACCAUUGGCCGGAAUCUCCCCCGACUUUAUGCUCUAUGGUCGGCAUGGCGAUCUGAAAGCCGAGAAUAUUCUAUGGUUCAAGACACGCCACGGUUGCGCAGAUCCAGACGGUAUCCUUCUAAUUACGGACUUAGGGCUAGGGAAAUUCCACCGGUUCCAGUCCAGGUCGGCUGAGCCGGCUACUAGUGUAGCAUUCCCGACAACCUACUCACCUCCCAUGCGUCCUUGGGAGAAAGUAAACCGAGCCUUCGACAUUUGGAGUCUCGGGUGUUUGUAUCUGGAGUUCAUUACCUGGAUCGUACUCGGGGAGGAGGCAAUCAGAAAAUUCGCCGAGCGCCGCGGACAGGAUGACAGCGACUACGAAUUAAAUACCGAUUUUUUCUACAGCACCAAUCGCAUGACAGUCCGUCCAUCUGUAGGAGAAUGGGUUGCACAUCUGAAAAGAGAAUCACGGUGCACGCUCGUAUUCCAUGAGCUAUUAGACUUGAUCAUGUCCCACAUGAUCCGCAUUGACGCGAAGGAGCGAAGCAGCGCCCAGAUAAUCCAUCGGAAAUUGAGUGCGAUGUACCAAAGGGCUCAGAGGGACCAGGGAUACCUUCUAGAGAAUAACCAGUCAUUACCACAGGGGAGUGCCCCUGGUCGGAGGGCGUACGAGCCCCAACGACAGUUCAGGCUGGUGGUAGAUGAUUAUAACCCCUGGGGUCCGAAUGACUUUGGCCUUCCGAGGAGCAGGGUAACGUGGCCUCAAAUCCCCAGCAGCACCUAA